AUGUCAAGUGUUCCACCAACGGGUGCUUCUUCUCAAGCUUCUCGAGGAAGCAAAAGAAAAUGGGUUCCAGAAGAGGAUGCAGCCUUGGUUUCUUGCAUGGUGGAUUUGCACAAUGUAGGAACAUUUAAUGCUGAUACCGGGUUCAAAGCCGGUUAUUUGAACGAGCUAGAGAAAAUGCUAGAAAAGGCUUUACCAAGAGCAAUGUUGAAGGCGAGACCAAAUAUUGAAUCUCGGAUUAGGUGCCUAAAAAGGGAAUGGUCAGUCGUCUACGACAUGCUUAAUGGUCAAAACAACAGCGGUUUUGGUUGGGACGAGCAUAGGCAGCUCGUUGUUGCUGAAGAUGCUGUUUGGGAAUCCUAUGUUAAGAGUCACAAAGAAGCCUCUCAGUUCAGACAUCGUUCUUUCCCUUACUACAACCAGUUUACUGCCAUAUACGCAAGAGAUCGGGCGACUGGGAAAGACGCUCAAACAGCUGCUGAUGUUCUUGAAGAAAUACAUGCUGAGGAUGAACGUACUACAGAUAUGAAUGAAGAGAGAAACACAUUCUAUGACUGCGAAGAUGACGUCUCUUUAGACGACAUGGAUGUUUCUGGUACGGAUCCGCGAGGAGAUAGAGACCAAGGGGGUUCCUCAUCUUCAAACAAGAGAAAGAAGAAAUCUGAUGCUCGUGAUGAUGUGUAUUCUUCAUUUGAGGAGGCUGCCACCUUGUUGGGGGAAAAAAUCCAGGCCGUUGGCGAUAAAAUCAGUAGAAGUAUUGCCUCCGAGGUGGUAGUUCAGCACAAGUCAGAAGAGAAUAUGGAAGAGAAAGCUUCAAAUUUAUAUUCAGCCUUAUGGUCAAUUGAAGGUUUAACCGACGAUCAGCGGUAUGAUGCUUUGAGUAAAAUUCCCGAUCAUCCAAAUCAAAUGAUCGUUUUCUUUAGUUUACCUUACAUUGUCCGAUUGGAAUGGCUUGGGAAUCCUGGGUUUGAAACAACUGGUCUAACUUCUUGGUAA